AUGAAUCUUCCCACCGAUCCUAAGAGUUUCGAAGAAGCAGCUACGAGAAUCCGUAUCGGUUGCUCAAUUGUCCAACAGGGGUUUGCCGAGGUGUGUCGUGGCAGACCAGAUCUCGAACAUCAACUUCGAGCCGCGGUUGGAGUGAUUAUGAAAAUUGUGAAUGAAGCUCAAGAACUAGAGGACACACCUGUGGACCCCGAAAUGCCAAUGUUACAAAAAGAGGAACAUGAAGAAGAGGAGAAAGAGACAGAUGGAAACGCUGAGGAAAGAAAACAGGAGCAAUUAUGCCAUGAGGACGCAGAUACAACAUCCUUUGCUUCACAAUCUACUUCUUCAACUUCAUCAAACGUUAUUCUAGUUGCUCUCCCAAAAUCAGCCGAAUCUCAAAAAAGUUAUCCUAAAAUUUCACAGCCCAUUGAUCCAAGUACCGUGGAGCUGUUUACGGAUUCUGAAGAAGAUGAAGCCGGUCCGUCAACAACUUUGGCUCCUACCACGUCAAAACGUCCAGCUCCUUGUCAAUGGCGAGAAUCUUCGGAAGAAAGGAACUCAGAUGAAGAAAAAACCUCUGAUUACGAAGAAGAGGUUAACAAGCAAAAAAUUGAAAGGGCUCGACGAUGCAAAAACCCAAAACGUGAGAUGGAGAUUGUUCGAAGAAACAGAGUUCAAGAAAAGAAGGCCGUGGUCCGAACCCAAACCGAUCCUCUUGUUGAGGGCAGUCAAGAAUGGAAGGAAAAGUUUGCUGAAGCUUUGGAGUAUCAUCGUACCUGCUGCCUAUAUGAUGAUUCAGUGUUCGGUUCCAUCAACCUUCUCCAACUCUUCCGUCCGCCAAUCUCUGGUAAACCUAAUGGACCGCUUCCUCAGAAUGUGCUCCCCGAGAUCAAAACCGCAAAAGUCUUGUUUUUGAACUGGAGAAAGAAUACUGACACAGAGAAAGCCACUAGCAAGGCUUUGAGAGAAGAGGAAUGGAAAGAAAUGUCUGAAACAGAUCGGAAUAAGUGGUACAAAAGGGAAGAGGCAUUGUUCGAGGAGUCUUUGGUCCAGUUGAGGAAAGGAUUCAUUCGGACAACUUUACUACGGUAA